UUUAACACUUAAUCCUUCAUUUUCUGUGCAGCAAUCCAAGCUUUCAACCCGGUUUAAUUAAUGGCGUCGACGUCGAUUACUAGAAUUGUCCCGACAGACUGUGGGUUAAGACAAAGCAGUGGCACCAAGCUUUGCAAUUUCCGGCUCCCGACUCGUCGAGUUCAAAAUCGUCUGGAUUUUGGGAAAGGUUCGGCGAUCCAAAGCAAGAAAUCAUCAAACUCCAUGGUUGCUCUUGCAUCAGCUUCAACCGUGACCCAUUCAUCAAGGACCACGCGAAUUGCAUGCAAAGGAGCAACGGAUGUCUCAGGCGACAGUUCUCCGAGUGGGACGAACACAUAUCAGAAGAUUAUUGAACUUUUAACGACCCUUUUUCCCGUUUGGGUUAUUUUGGGAACAGUUAUUGGCAUCAACAAGCCAGCUGCAGUCACAUGGUUUAAGGCUGAUCUUUCCACUCUCGGCAUGAAGUUUCUCAUGCUUUCCAUGGGAAUGACACUAACCUUCAAGGAUUUCGGAAGGUGUUUACGUAAUCCAUGGACGGUUGUUGUUGGUUUUCUUGUACAAUAUUUAAUCAAGCCUAUGCUAGGCUUUGUCAUAGCAACGAGUCUUAAACUCUCCCGACCUCUCGCAACCGGCCUCAUCCUGGUCUCGUGCUGCCCCGGAGGGCGCGCCUCAAACGUCGUAACCUACAUAUCCAAGGGAAAUGUAGCUCUCUCUGUUCUCAUGACAACCUGUUCAUCCAUUGGAGCUAUCGUGAUGACUCCUCUUCUUACGGAGUUUUUCUUCGACAUGCGUAUUCCAGUCGAUGCCGCAGGACUCGCCCUGAGUACCUUUCAAGUAGUUUUGGUUCCAACUGUCCUUGGAGUCCUAUCAAACGAAUUCUUUCCCAAAUUCACAUCAAAGAUUACGACGGUGACGCCUCUAAUCAGCGUUAUCUUGACUACCCUUCUUUGGACAAGCCCCAAGCUUUUUUCUUUUUCGAAGAUUGGACAAGUCUCGGAGGUCUUGAAAACUCAAGGAUCUCAGCUUCUGUUCUCCGUUGCGCUUCUUCACGGUAUGGCAUUUGCCGUCGGCUAUGGCAUCUCGAAAACAUCUUUCGGGGAGUCGACUUCACGCACCAUUUCUAUCGAGUGCGGAAUGCAGAAUUCAUCACUCGGGUUCUUCCUCGCGCACAAGCACUUUAAGGAUCCCCUCGUAGCUGUUCCUUCGGCAGUCAGUGUUAUCUGCAUGGCUGUAAGAUUCAGCUGCAAGCAACACGUCCGUCUUAUCCUACGUCUCCUCUCCUCGCGACAUAAAUUUACGUUUAUACACUUUCGCAGCUCUUUGGGAGCGCCAUGGCAGCGCUCUGGAGAAACCAGCCGACCCCGGCGGAUGAUGAUAAAGAUGACUUCAAGGAAUGAAGGGUGAACAGCAACGCAGCUUUCAUUUUGUUGGAGAUUGAUACUAAUUAAUGUAUUCGGUGAUUCAAGUUAUGAUAUAAUCAAAUUUGCUAGUAAAUGUGAAAGUUUUAAUUUA